CUUGCGUGUGACGUGUACAUAGAACGUGAAGUCUCAUCACGUGAUAUGGACGUCUCGCCUCUUAUGUGGUUGUACUUUUUGUUAUAAAAACAAAUUACGACAUUAGUCCACUCCCCAGGAUAUUCUUGUCACUGGUACUGUGAGUUUUCUACUCUAAGCAACAAUCAUGAGGGUCUCCACAAGCAAACUCCAGCAGAUGGCCAUCUACACCACCUUGUUGACUGGUGCUGGAUGCGGCACAAUGUAUUACCUUCUGCAAAAGAACUUCUCACGGUCGGACUACCACCGUCUAGCCCUGGAGCAGCUGAAAGCCAACCAGACAGCCAUGGACAGUCUGGGAGCACCACCCCUGAAGGUCCACAACAUCCACCUGUCUGACCGACACAACCGGGUGGAACCUUACACGGCUGAGAUCAAAAUCCCAGUGACAGGAUCUAAAGAUGGUGGCUACCUCUACACAUCCUCAGUAAGAGACCCCCAAACACUUGGGUGGAAUUUAACGCAGGCAGUGCUGCAGCUUAGAGAGGGUCAGCGUAUUGACCUUCUCACAUUCACACCACCGCCAAAUAAGACAGAAGGACUUGAGACAGGCAACUGGUCCUCCUGAUCUGCUCACCAGUCACCAAAACUACAGUGUGAUGAAGUCAUUGAGGUCUAUCUCAGCUGUCCCAGCAAUGACCAGCUCCAACUCUCUGGCAUCGAACACUGACACCAGCCGUGAGUCCACCACCUGGAGAAAUAUUGCAGGAACAUAGAACAUUAAAAACGAUGUAGGAGUGUACAUACUGUAUGUGACUUGUUUCAGGUAACUAUGUUGCACAUCACUACUUCACAGGAGAGGCAUUUGAACGAGAGAGAGAAAGACAGAGAGAAAGAUUGCCAGCCGGGCCUGCCGGUGAAACUGCUAAACUGCUUUCUGACUGUACACUGUACCGCAUGAUUUUUACUAACGUGUUAGCUCUAGUAGCUAUGUUGACUAAACUUUGUAAGCUUGUAAACUUUAAUUCAUAUACUUCUGUAGAUUUUAGCAGCCUCAUGAUGGGUACAAGGAAAAUGUGAGUAUCAUGUAGUAGCCUAAACCUAGCGAUGUUGCAUUGAGCUGGGCGAAUGGAAUAUGAAUGACAGUCAUCCAAUAUGCUGUAAUAGAAAUAAGGUCAUGCUAAUAAAAUAAAUAACCAUACUCCCUUGGCACUGACCGCCACUUGUGCAGAUAAUCCUUUCUACCGCAGCUUUUUUGAAAGAUAUCAUGAAGAAGUACAAAAGCGUUGCUAAUGCUCUCCACUUUCUGGAAGAAGCUAGUGCCAUGCUGACACUCUCUGACUCUGAAAAUGAAUCAGAUGAUGAGGAAAUCCCUGAUGUAGGUAAACACAUUUUCAUUGAAUCAGAUAUUGUAGAGUCUUCUGGACAGUGAUAGGGAAGAAAAUCUGUGGAAUUCCCGAUGGAAACAGAGUAUGAUGGCUAAAGAGAUGUUAAAAGUUCUGCUGUUCGAUUGCAAAUAUGCGGAGGGAGUUGAAAAGAGAGCACAGAAGGCUGUUGUAUGAAACAACUGUCUCCGAAUUUCAUCUUCAAACUUAGGGCAACCAUGGCAUCUGACAGAGAGGGCGAAGCGUUCAUCCAUGUAUACAAGUAAGAGUCUAGCUAGCUACAUUUUCAGAUAUUAUAUGUUUUUAAUUUUGUCAGCAAGUCAUUUUCACUGCAAGUUAAAGCUUACUGUUAGCUAGGUAGCUAACGUUAGCUGGCUGGCUCGAGUAGAAAUAUUAUUCACAUCUCAGAAAUCUACUUGCAUUGCUAGUUAUAGCCUAAUGUUAGCUAGCUAUGCAUGGUGGCUAGCUAUGACAAUCAGUAUGGGUUGAUAUUAUUGCCACAUUCAAAACAACUGGGAACUCGAAACUAGGAACUCGGGAAAUCUCAGACUUACAACUUCAGUGCGUACAAGACAACUAGGAACUCAGACAAAACAAGCUCCAACUGGGAAAAAUAAUUUUGAACAGUCAUCCAACACGGAAUGCCAAGUCCGUGAACCCGGGCCUCUUUCUAGAGCCCAGGCUUUCCAACCUGAAGAUCACUGAUGUCAUGAUUUGACCUGGUAUUUUUCCAAGUUCCCUGUUGUCUUGAAAGCACCAUAAGGUUAAUUGUUUAGCUAGCAAGCUAUCAGGUAGCUAAUGUUAGCUACCUGAUAAGAUGGCGCCGGAGAUGAAGGCUAACGUUUUGCGUGCCCCCAGCCGAUUGUUUUCUUGUUCGUUUAUUCGCGUUGAUUGUAACUUAUUUUUGUACUUAUUUUGUACAUAAUGUUGCUGCUACUGUCUCUUAUGACCGAAAAUAACUUCUAGACAUCAGGACUGCGAUUACUCACCACGGACUAGCAGAAUCCUUUUUUUCCCUUUCAUGACUCUGUCGAGCCCGACGCGAAUGACAUACUGCUUCCUCGGGAACAGGCCCCGAUCCCCUUGAUCUGCGUGAAGAGGA